UAUUUUGCCUUGUAACAAAAAUAAUCCGUAGACGGUAAAGAGGUUAUGAAAACCAACCCGACUGACAAAUAAAUAAACAAGAAAAGUAGAAUGGCUACUUGGGCCAUAACGAAGCUCACUAGUCGAGCAGCGCAUUUGCCAUUUUCUACUUGUAUUUCAAAAUUCAACCAUCAUUUCAAUAAGAAUUGCAGCAGAAAUAGAAGACGAUCCAAGAUUACUAUACCGAGUAGUACUAGGUCGAUAUCUUCAACAAUAUCAUCAUCACUGGCGUUAGGUCAAGCUGAAGGAGGAGGAGGAGGAGAAGCUAAAAUGGAAACCAAGAAGAUAACUGCUCCAUAUGGUUCCUGGAAAUCACCUAUCACAGCUGAUGUUGUUUCUGGAGCUGAUAAACGCUUAGGUGGUAUUGCUGUUGAUGGACAUGGCCACCUCCUUUGGGUUGAAACUCGCCCUAACGAAGCUGGGAGAGCUGUUCUUGUUAAGGAGGCAGAUAAAUAUGAAGAUGAACCAAUUGAUAUCACUCCAAAAGAGUUUGCAGUGAGGACAUUAGCUAAUGAGUAUGGAGGUCAAGCUUUUACAAUUUUUGGGGAUGCUAUCGUGUUCUCGAAUUAUAAAGAUCAAAGACUCUACAAGCAGAUUAUCGGAGAUUCCUCUCCCUUGCCAAUUACUCCAGAUUAUGGCGGAUCUCUGGUUCGUUAUGCAGAUGGGGUGUUUGAUUCACGCUCCAACAGUUACAUCACAGUAAUGGAAGAUCACCGUGAAAGUAGCUUAAAUGCGAUUACAACAAUUGUAUCUGUCAGCCUUAGUGAUGGAAUUAAACAAGAUCCUAAACUAUUAGUCGGUGGCAAUGACUUCUACGCUUUUCCAAGGGUGGACCCCAAAGGAGAGCGUCUGGCAUGGAUCGAAUGGGGUCACCCCAACAUGCAGUGGGAUAAGGCAGAACUUUGGGUUGGUUAUAUUUCCAAGGAUGGAGAUAUCUCCAGAAAGAUCUGUGUUGCUGGUGGUGAUCCUAUGCUGGUAGAGUCUCCAUCUGAGCCCAAGUGGUCGCCCAAAGGGGAAUUAUUUUUCAUUACGGACAGGAAAAAUGGUUUCUGGAACCUUUAUAAAUGGAUUGAACACAAAAAUGAAGUGGUGUCAAUUUAUUCCAUUGAGGCUGAGUUUACAAAGCCAUUUUGGGUUUUUGGUGUUUGCUCCUAUGAUUUUAUCAAGAGCAAUGAGAACAACAACCUAAUAGCUUGCAAUUACAGACAGAGUGGUAGGUCAUACCUUGGGGUAUUAGAUGAUGCUCAGAACUCUUUGACAGCGGUAGAUGUUCCCUUCACAGAUAUAGGCAAUAUUGUUUGUGGGUGUGACUGCUUAUAUGUUGAAGGAGCAUCUGGAACUCAACCGCUGUCUGUAGCAAAGGUGGUGUUAGAUGAUAAUAAAUCACAAGCAGUUGAUUUCUCGAUUAUGUGGUCUUCUUCUCCGGACAGUACAAAAUAUAAAUCAUAUUUCAGCAUGCCUGAGCCGAUUGAGUUUCCAACUGAGGUUGCUGGUCAGAAGGCUUAUGCUUAUUUCUACCCUCCUACGAACCCAUGUUAUCAAGCUAGUGAGGAAGAAAAGCCUCCCCUGUUAUUGAAAAUCCAUGGGGGUCCUACAGCUGAAUCACGUGCCAUCUUAGAUCUUAAUAUCCAAUACUGGACCAGCCGAGGUUGGGCAUUUGUGGAUGUUAACCAUGGAGGGAGUACAGGUUAUGGCCGGGAAUUUCGUGAGCGACUGUUGGGAAGUUGGGGUAUUGUUGAUGUCAAUGACUGUUGCAGUUGUGCUAAAUUCUUGGUGGAUAGUGGAAAGGUAGAUGGAGAACGACUUUGUAUUACUGGAAGGUCCGCCGGUGGUUACACAACAUUAGCUUCUCUAGCUUUUAGACAAACAUUCAAAGCCGGUGCUUCCUUGUAUGGUAUUGCAGACUUGAACUCUUUGAAGACAGACACGCACAAAUUUGAGUCCCGUUAUACCGACAAUCUUGUUGGUAGCGAAGAAGCUUACUUUGAGAGAUCGCCAAUCAACUUUGUUGAUAAAUUUUCUUGCCCUGUGAUUCUAUUCCAAGGAUUAGAGGAUAAGGUUGUGACUCCAGAUCAAGCUCGUAAAAUUUAUACAGCUCUGAAACAAAAAGGGCUUCCUGUUGCACUGGUAGAGUAUGAAGGAGAGCAACAUGGAUUUCGUAAGGCUGAGAACAUAAAAUAUACCCUGGAGCAACAGAUGGUAUUUUUUGCUCGUUUGAUAGGGAACUUCAAGGUGGCGGAUGAAAUCACCCCGUUAAAAAUCGACAACUUAGACUAAGGUUACAGUUAUACAGCAUGUGGAUCAUCAUAAAUGACUAUUUAGUAUUUCCUUCUCCUCAAAAAGACUCUUACUUUUUCUCUUCCCAAAUAAAUUGGUAAUUAAUAUAAGGUCACAUUUCUAAAUUUACCUUCCUAAUCAAUUACCAUUGCUAAAUCUUAAUUUAAGAAAUAAUAGUCACGUCAAUACUUGUAUCUCUUUAUUAAAAUAUUUUCCAAUGACAUAAAGUUUGCCAAC